AUGUUUUGGCAACAAAGAGCUCCACGUAUACGUCUGCCCACUACUCAAACGCAAAAGGAAUCUGGAGUCUCGCUCUUUCAUCGCAGAGGAGCCCGCCACAUAUCAGUUUACCAGCCCACUCGGUCACAAAUGGCUUUGGAUACUAGGCAUGCAGAGUCGGUACCCCAUCAAUAUUCCGAGGGACAGAUGCUUCAACUCAGUCUCUCAUUGUCGAAAGCGUCAUCUCCUCAAAAGAUCUCUGUUCGGGUUUUGCAGGCGUUUCGCCCUUUUACAUUCAGCCAGGUGGUUGUCGCCGAACCUCAAAGUGGUUUUUUACCACUCCCUCCACGCUUCGUCAUCAAAUUCAGCGAUCCGCGACAUAUCCCUAACAGAAUCCCGUUAAUGCGCGAGCUGGACCAAGAACGCAGCACAUCCCCGUGGUCACCAAGAUUUCGCGAUUUCUUUACAACUCAUCUGCGCGAAUUCCGCACGAAGCGUUGGCCGAACCAUUGGAAAUGCACGGGCGCCACUCAGCCUGUCACGCGAGAAGAGCGAAUGAACAAAGAUGAAGACUUCUACGACGAUUGGUUGGCUGAUCGUGAAGGGACGUUCUGUCUAUGGUCACAAGAAAUGGACCACUGGGAGCAAACUUUCGAGUCACACUCCAAUGAAAUGGCUGUCUAUCACGCUCUCGAAUCGCUCCAGGGGCGUUCUAUUCCUCGCUUGAUUGGUAGCGGGACGUAUAAGCCCCCAAUUUAUGGCUUUGACGACCCACUUUUGUCAAGUGUUCCGUUCCUUGCACUCGAGUACAUUCCUGGCGCACGUCUUGAUCAUAUACAGCUUGCGGCUACAAUAUCCCCCAACCCUUCGUCACCUCCGCAGAUCACUCCUCCUAAUGCGAAGCGCGCUGCUCAUGCCAUCAUCGACGUCGCUCGAGCUAUCCGCAACCUGGGUGUAAACAAUCCGGACUUUGCAGCAAGGAAUAUCAUUUUACGCGAUCUGGAUCCGCUUCGUCCCGUAAUCAUCGAUUUCGGCCUUGCUUCAACGGCCGAAGGGCUGGCCAUGAAUCUGCAGGACAUUCGGAACGUCCUGUAUGACAUUAAAUGGAACAUCCCGUCCCCUUACCGUCUUGGCGUUCAAACUCCACACCCUUACGUUGGUUAUGCCCCUCUGAACGGCCCUGGUUCUGACAGGAAAAUCGACAUUCUCAAUGCCUACUUCGAAGAAAUUGCACAGGGACCGUCUCAUAUCCAUAUUGACGAGGAGACUGGAAGGCAGUACGUAUGGGAGGCUCCACGAUGGCGACUCAAGGAAGGUGUCAGGACUUGCGAUGAAGAUGUGGAGUGGGGUCGCACUGAAGAGGCCAUUAGAUGGGAACGCAUCGGGUACCCGUACAGGAUGUAG